AUGUUUGCUCGUACUCUUGUAAAUAGAUUCUUCGUACUUGUAACAAAUAAGCCGAGACAAUCCACUUUCCAAACAAGUGAUGUCCCGCUACCGCCUUAUCAGACAGACGAUUUACCCGGUUUGGUAAACACAAUUCACAACAGUACUGCUCACCCGACAGCAAUGGACGGCCUAGACACUUCGGUCACAACCCUGUUAGCAUGCAAGUCUAUCUCAACGAGUCAGGAUAGCCUGCUUGACCCGUCGACGGAGACUCUUAGUCAUACACCCAUUUCAUCUCAUCAAACACUAUCAUUCUCAUUACCACCCUCAUCGGAGAUCGUCGAACCUCCAGAGAUCAUCAAGCCACCAGAGAAUACCGUUACCGCCACCCAGAUGUCAUUUGAGAAAAUCUCGUCAACUCCACUGACACCAACAGCCUCAACAAUGCAAAACAUGAUGAAAAACGAGUUUGCAAAACUCCAUGCACGGAUCGACCAAGCCAUCUCAACCCAGAUCGUUCCCAACAAACACUUGUCGUUGCCGGAACGUCCAGAGUGGGUAACACACUUCGCUGACCGCCUUGAAGAUGUGUACCGUCUACUAAAGACCAACUCGAAGAACAUUGCCAAGCUGGAAGCCAGGCUAGAUCAAAGAACACCAGACGUAGUUGCUCAACCGCGAGAGGAUGACCAACAAGCUCCAACUCUGCUCCAGGAACUCAAGGAGAGUAUCACUAAAGCCAACCGAGAUGCUACAGAGAGACUGGAAUCCCUUGAACGACAGGUACAACUACUUCACUCCCGUGAGGCUAUACUUACAGUGCCAGCAUCUGGAAUUCCAAUUCCAACAGUCCAGGUCGAGCGCCCA